AUGGUUGAGCCGGUGCCUAUGGAGGGCUUCUUCAACAAUAUAAUGGAGCAGCAUUUCUCUUUUGUGGACGAGGCAACGUACCACAUGGACAAUUUCCGCGAGGACUUCUCAUCCUCUGGACUGACGAACAGCGAACCUGAAACCAUCGACCCAGGUUUUCUUGAAAAUCUGGGUCCCAAGCCGGUUGAUGCGUUGGGAAGUGAAGCUGUUCCAGACUUUACGCCGUAUCCGCUAGCGAUCGAAAGUUUAUCGACCACCUCCCCGUCUACGACUCCCAGUCUGCAGCACAGUGCUACAGGAAUGGCUCCCGCUGAGCUCAGCUCUACACCCAAAGAAUCUACUGGGCGCCAUGCACAACCAUUGCCAGCCCCUCCUCACUCCGCUAGUGGGAGCGCAGUUAACCCGUUACCAAAGGACAACACUAACACCGCAUGUGACACAAAGAAAGCUCAAUAUGAUCCAAGUGAUGCUGUGAACUUAGAUUUUUUUCAACCGAAAGUUGCGGCUGAAAGUUCUGAGUGCGAGAAAUCUCAGGGAACCGAUUUCUGCGGUCGCCCCGUCGAUACUGGAGAGAUCUCGGAUUUCGGAAUCGGUGGGAAUUACUCCCAUCAUCAGUCCUCUUAUCCCUCUCCUUCUCAGAACGCACACUUUUCGGCUCACAUGGCUAGUGGUGAGAGUGUGGAUACUGCCACUGGUCACCAACCUGAGAUGAAGUGUGAAGAUCCUAUCCCCACGUCUCCAAUGUCAUCCGCGAACCAAGGAAGACCUGAUCCUGAGCUCCAAUUCUCAUGCGUCGAAGAAGCCAACGCAUGGCGCGCCUUUGAAGUCCAAGUGGACUACGACCCCACCAUUCCAAAAACCCUGGAGGCGAAGCAUAAGAUUGUUACCGAGAUGCUCAAAGCAAUGAAGAGCAUCGAGUAUGCGGAAGAUAAUGAGGGCAUGAUCCGCCCAUUCCGUGAACAGAAACAUAGUCCAAUCAGGAUGGAAAUAGAUUCUUGUAUCAGUCGCCAUGAGAAUGGUCCACUUCUUGCUAUUUAUGACGGCAAGGCAAAGACUACUGGCCAAAUGCCGACGUUCAAAGACAGAAUGGACAAGAUUAUUGAGUGUCUCUGGCGCGUCGUGGCCAAUAAGAAUCUCAAUAAGCGCAAAGGGGAGGUUAUGAACGCCGGAAAGAAGGCCCUGGGCCACUGCAGAACUGACUCUAAAUCCACUCCAGCGAAGCGCACGUCUGAGGACCGUGAAGGCCUCUGUACUCCCUUCAGUACUCCACGGAGAGACUCUCCAACCAGGGAUACUAGCACCCCUGUGAACAUCAAUACCAAUGUGCGAAACAUGACGCUAAACAGCAGUCCGCUUACCCACUCACAAGGGACCCAUCAAAUGGGAUUUUCUAGCCCUACAGAGCCCUCCACUCAGGAUAAUAUGGCCUACCCCAUGCAUCAUAAUACAUUUUCUAUGGCUGCACAUCCCCAAUUAAUUAAUACCUUGGCUACUGGCCGAACUUUCGAUCUCAACCCCAUGAUUUCUAGUGGGUUAACUGGAUAUGGGCAACCAGCUUUUGGAUUUGCGCGCAGCCAGUCAACUAACACCAUCCAUGGACUUGGACAGAAUACCCCUCUGUACAACAAUGGCCCUUACAAUCGUGAGGAGAUAACAGAGCAGUUCAGGCAGCAAGCGUCCACUCAACUCAAGCCUGCCAUCUACAAUUCUCCUGGGCCAAACUCCAAUCGUCGGGCGAUGGGGCCUGCUCCACAUCCUUGGAUAACCUACCAGCACGCGACAGGCCCCGCGCCCGCACGCUACGGGUCACGCAAUGCCCGUUCUACUGAGGUAUCUUACGGACACGGCCGUAAGCGCUCCCAGGAUGAAAGUGAUGCUUCUGAUUUUGUCCCUUCCCCUCAGAAGAAGGCUCGAUGA